AUGGCUAUGGCUGCUACUCGCUUUUUAAUUCGAACUGCAACGGCAACUCGUAAUCCUGUUUUUAGACUAAUGUCUGCACGUACACAAGCUACAUCAACUGCUCCAGCAUCAGGAUCAGCAGCAGAUUUGACUUUUACAUUUGCUUCACCAUCUGAAGUUUUUUAUAAUCAAGCAAAGAAUGUUCGUCAAAUUGACGUUUCUACAGUGGGUGGUAAUAUGGGUAUUCUUGCUCAUCAUGUACCAAUUCUUGGUGUACUUAGACCAGGUGUUGUUUCGGUUUUUGAAACAGAUGGAAAUACAAAACGAUUUUUUGGUAAAUAA